ACACCAACAUCAAUAUGAAAUUCCUUUUGAUCCUUGCCAGUCUGGUCCUCUAUGUGGCCCUCACCUCUGCUCAGUCCUGCCCAGGACGUCCACACCAUCAGGACUGCUUAAACGGCAAGGACGAAGGAGUUGAGCGCGCAAGGCAUUGUGAUAGGGAUCCCAAUCCAGAGAUGUGGUACUACAACCGCAAUGAAAAUAGGUGCAUCAAGAUGAGGUACCUCGGCUGCGAGGGCAACCGCAAUCGCUAUUGCACGUUGAACGACUGUCAAAGGAAAUGCGUUCGACGAUUAUAAGGAGUGAAUCCAUUCCAACUUCCCA